UACGUCUGUUACUGUCCGGAGGAAGGAGCCCGCUGGGAUACUGCGCGGGAUUUGUAUGGGAAAUGUAUUUAGGUCAAUGGAUGGCUGUGAAUGAGGGUUGAAGUGGGGGAUGGGGGUGAGAUUGCUGUGAUGAUAAUACGGUGAUUCACUACAUAAAUGGCUGAAUGAACUUUAAGUUGAUUUACUCCGCGAAUUACGUCGAAAUACGAUUCAAUGUAAAGUAACGCGACCGUUCUUGCUACAUAUUUGGUGACCGUGACAGGACACUGGGCAAACCGAAAUGGAUAAAUACGUAGAAUUAGCGACAAGACAAGGCUUAUCCGGACUGGAAGCUCUAGAAUUCGCAUCGAAGCAAUAUGAGAAGGAUCAGGAGCGGGAAGAAAGAAAGCUAACAAGGGAAAGGGAGCGUGAAGAAAAGGAACUAGAGCGUGAGGAAAGAGAGAAGGAAAGACAGUUUGAAAUAGAAAAGCUGCGACUUUUGGAUGGUUCGAUGGCCAGCAAUGGUACAAGAACGAGUAAGAAGCUUCCAAAGCUCCCUCCAUUUGAAGAAAAUGGUGACAUGGACAUAUACCUGACAAGAUUUGAAAGAAUCGCCCAGUCUAACAACUGGAACAGAGAGGAUUGGGCGGUAUCAUUGAGCGCUCUGCUCACUGGAAAGGCUCUGGAAGUCUAUCAUCGUUUGAGUGCAGACGAGGCUGAUGACUAUGAGAUCCUCAAGGAAGCACUGCUAAAGCGGUAUGGUCUUACUGCUGACGGUUUUCGCAGACGUCUGCGGGAAUCGCCUCCGGAAGAAGACGAGACACCGGAGCAGUACAUAACACGUUUGUCGACAUACUUGGAUAAAUGGAUGUCCCUGAGUGAGUUUCCGACAUCUUUCGAUGGUCUCAAACAGUUGACCCUAAUUGAACAGUUUCUAUCGAGCUGCCCAAAGGAACUCGAGCUGUUCUUGAAACGAAACGGCCAUAAAACACUAGAAGAAAUAUCCAGCGCUGCCGAACAAUAUCUAACGGCCAGUGGACAAACCCUGCACGGACUGCGCGCAACGGAAAAGGAGGCUAUCCAGAAGCGCAGCUGGAAAACUUCGACACAGCCAACGACGACCAUGCUGCCUUCGGCAGCGGCCCUUCAGGUAUCGGCAAGAGCGCAAAAAUGCGCGUUCUGCACGCUCGGGCAUGAGACGGCACAAUGCAGAAAGGCAGAAGCACUCUCGGUGGACGAGCGGCGCCGUCGGCUUCUCGCUGUCGGAGCUUGCUUCAUCUGCUUAGGUCCUCAUCACAUUGCACGAACAUGUAACAACGUGAAAUGCUGCGAAAGGUGCGGAAAGCGACAUCACCGCCUGCUGUGCACCGAAGAGGAAGCUGCACCCAUCGUGACUGCUCAGUCCCAGGUUGAAGAGAAGGAACAAGUUCUUUUCCAAACAGCUAGAGCGGUGGCAGUCGGACCCGCUGGCAAAAGGAACGUAAGAAUUAUCCUUGAUACUGGUUCAAACCAGUCAUUUAUAUCAACAUCUCUCUCUCGGGAUUUGAAAUGUCAGCGGCUUGGAACCCAGCGCAGAACGAUCUCAACAUUCGGUGGUGAUCGCAUAACCCACAAAACGAUGAACUCUGUUUCCAUCAAACUGAUGAACUGCAGUGACCCGACCAAGUCUGUGACUCUGACAGCAGCGGAAACUGAGCAAAUAUGUGGCCCCGUCAACGUCAAGUCAGUGGACUUGAACGACUAUCCACAUCUGAAGCACCUGACCCUAGCUGACUGUCCGUCUAGGUGGCAAUCAGGAGAUAUCGACAUACUGAUCGGUAUGGAUCACUAUCAAGAUGUCGUGAAUGGGCAGGUGAAGACCGGAGAGCGUGGCCCGAUGGCGUGGGAAACCAUAUUUGGAUGGGUUCUAGGAGGACGUGCUGCUGCCGAUGGAACAGCUGCGAAUGGGCAGGUCUUGUUUCUUCACACUGGAACUCUCCGAGAGGACAUCGAGCAGUUGUGGGCGCUGGAAACCAUCGGCAUAGAACCACCGACAUUCCCAUCGAAAGUGAGUGAGACGCAAGCCGACAAAAACAAGGCCGUCGAACAUUUCGAACGAACAUGCACACGGGACGCAGAUGGACGAUACCAAGUUCGCUGGCCCGCUAAAACGGAUUUCGAUGAGCUCCCUACAAACAAAGACGUCGCACACCGACGACUGGAACGAUGUGAGACAUCUCUCGACCGCUCUGGCAAGCGGCAGGAGUAUGAUCAAGCCAUUCGACAGUACAUAGAGAUGGGUUUUGCUGAACCCGCCCCGGUGGUUCCCGACGGACCGGUGCACUAUCUCUCGCACCAUGCUGUAUACAAAGGUGACAAGAUCCGCAUCGUUUUCGAUGCAUCAGCAGGAAGUCCUAGGUCUUUAAACGACAUGCUUUUGCCGGGACCCAACAUGAUAGCAGACCUCACCGGCAUCCUCAUUCGCUUCAGACUGAACAUGGUGGCGGUGUCAGCAGAUAUUGAGAAGGCGUUCCUUCAGCUGGCACUCCAUCAUCAAGAUCGUGAUCUCACCAGAUUUCUCUGGCGAACGCCGGACGGGGAAGUGACCACCUAUAGGAUGACGCGGGUGGUGUUCGGUGUAGCAUCAUCUCCAUUCCUCCUACAGGCUGUCAUAAGACGACAUCUUGAAGGACAGCCCGAUGAACUGAGGGACACGGCUGAUCGACUAAAACGUGACGUCUACUGCGAUGACCUGCUGACCAGCAUGGCAACCGAAUCAGAAGCAAAGGUCUUCGCCCAAGAAGCAAAGGAAGUAUUUUCGACGGCAAAGAUGAACCUAACAAAAUGGAGGUCAAACCGAAGCAUCGAUGUGGCAGGAAGCUCGGACACGGCAAAACGAGCAAGUGAGCCAGGUAUCCUUCUAACGACCAGUGACGGAGAGCCGACAAAAGUGUUGGGAGUGAGAUGGGUACCGCACGAGGAUCAGCUCAUCUUUCAGAGCAAAGAUCUAUAUGAUUUGGGGAUGCAGCUACGGCCUACAAAACGGAACGUGUUGAGAUUAUCAGCUCGUGUCUACGACCCUCUGGGUCUUAUUUCAGCGUUCACCAUGCGUUGCAAGAUGCUGCUGAAGGAGCUGUGGACCCUCGGUACAGCCUGGGAUGAAGAUCUGCCGCUCUCGUCAAGGCGGAGUUGGCUCGAGUGGCUGAAUGGUCUUCGGUCUCUCGAGGCACUUCGCAUUCCCAGACCGUACGUUUCGAACAACGUGGAAAAGUUCACCAUCCACACGUUCUGCGACGCUAGCAAGACUGCUUAUGCUGCAGCAGUAUAUCUCCGGACAUGCGGUAAGACCAGCCCUGAAACGCGCUUGAUCAUGAGCAAAAGUCGGCUUUCGCCAAGUAAGCCCAUGGCUAUCCCACGCCUGGAGCUCAUGGCCGCCGUUCUUGGAUCGAGACUAACGGCUUACGUGAUUGAAUCACUGCCCUCCAAACCUCAGGACGUCCUUCUAUGGACUGAUUCUGCUGUGGCGCUGGCCUGGAUCCGAAGUGAUCCUGGCCGCUGGGGGGCGUUUGUCAGCAACCGGGUAACUGAGGUCCAGCAAAUGUUUCCACCAGCAAAGUGGAGGCAUUGCCCAGGCGAGUGUAACCCAGCCGAUCUGCCGUCCAGAGGAGCAUCCGCAGACAAGCUUGGCGAGCCUUUCUGGCAAGAGGGACCCAGCUGGCUCCGAGAAGAAAGGGAAGAAUGGCCUCCUCAGCGUGCCUACGAACCCAGCGAGUGCAGAGCGGAGGAGCGGAAAAGUGGGCCCGUGAUCACCAUGUGUUCCUCCGCGAGCCAGGAACCAGGUGUCGGAUCACUUAUGUCUGCAGAGAACUACAGUUCGCGUAAACGGCUGCACCGGGUGACAGCUUGGAUGCUGCGAUUCCUGGCCAAUACCCGGAAGACGGAGCCGUCGACAACGGGCGAUCUGACUGCAGAAGAGCUCAACCGAGCAGAAGAACUGUGGAUACUGGAAACACAGAAAACAGCAUACGGACCAGAACGGGAAGUAUUGAUAGCAGAUCAGGCCGUACCUCGGACAUCACACAUCUACGAGCUAAACCCAUAUCUGGAGAACGGAAUCCUCCGGGCGAGGGGACGACUACAAGAAUCGAAGUUGAACGAAGACGAAAAACAUCCGAUCCUGCUGCCGAAUGAUGAUCACUACGUUCGGCUGCUGAUCCAAGAGCGACACGUGGAACUAUGUCAUGCGGGAGUGCAGCAAACGAUGUACUCCAUCCGUGACAGGUUUUGGAUACCAAAAGGCCGACAAACGAUUCGCAAGGUUAUACGAGCAUGCCCAAGGUGCCGUAUUUUCCAUGCAGAGCCGUUCACGCAAGAAACAGCUCCCCUUCCAAGAGAGAGAGCGUCUAGCGGAACCCCCUUCUCACAGCUCGGAGUGGACCUCGGAGGACCUAUCUUCGCCAAAGACGGCGGCAACAUCGUCAAGACAUACUUUGUCAUUUUUACGUGUGCGGUAGUGAGAGCCGUUCACAUAGAGCUGGUUAAAGGCCUCUCUACAAGGGACUUCUUACAAGCUUUCGAUCGAUUCGCCGCACGAAGAGGAAUGCCGAAAACGGUGACAAGUGACAACGCAACAAACUUCAAGGGCGCAGCAGCACACCUCGCUCAUUCCGGAGUAACCUGGAAAUUCAACGCACCCCGAGCUCCAUGGUGGGGAGGUUUUUAUGAGCGACUCGUGCGCACAACGAAAGAGGCUCUGCGCAGAACGCUUCAUAAGAGUAUGCUCUCAUUUGAAGAUCUGCAAACUCUGCUGUGCCGCAUAGAAGGUGCAAUAAAUGCAAGACCGCUAUCGGCGUUGAGUGAGGACAUUGAUGACCUUCGGUCACUGUCUCCAAGGGACUUUCUACAAGUCCCUGCACUGGACGAGCCCGAUGUCCCGGGUUUGAUUGAGCCUGAGAGCCAGAGCCGAGUGCUCAGGAAGCGCUGGAUACAUUGUCGUGAGGUUCUCGCUCAUUUAUGGAAAAGGUGGCACACAGAAUAUUUGCGAGAGCUGCGGAUUCCUCCCCGAGAAGAAAGAAGCAAUCCAGCUAUCGGAGAUCUGGUAAUCAUCAGAGAAAAUCCGUAUCAGUCCCGAUCACUCUGGCCAAUGGGAAGGAUAGUUGAGCUUCAUCCAGGCAGAGAUGGACUGACACGAGUCGCGACCCUGCGAAGGGCAGACGGCACUACAUCAACGCGGCCUGUACAGAGGCUGCAUCGUUUGGAGUGCGGCUAGGCCUCAGGAUUGAGGAGACUCCUACAAGGAUGCCGGUCAGCACAUGCCACUGUGUUCUAUCGGAACGGAUUGAGUGAAAUUGUCAUUUCACCGGGGGGAGAAUGUUACAGUUUACGUCUGUUACUGUCCGGAGGAAGGAGCCCGCUGGGAUACUGCGCGGGAUUUGUAUGGGAAAUGUAUUUAGGUCAAUGGAUGGCUGUGAAUGAGGGUUGAAGUGGGGGAUGGGGGUGAGAUUGCUGUGAUGAUAAUACGGUGAUUCACUACAUAAAUGGCUGAAUGAACUUUAAGUUGAUUUACUCCGCGAAUUACGUCGAAAUACGAUUCAAUGUAAAGUAACGCGACCGUUCUUG